AUGAGGGAUCAGGGCAUUCCGCCUCGGGGGAAUCAACCACCACAGAACCAGGGAGCAGCAAGAGCAGCACCAAGGCCUCACCAGCCCAAGCAGGGCCCCCUGGUUCAGCAGAGGACUCCCCCAGCUCGAGUAUACGCUGUUGCUGCUACCGAGGCCGAGCAGGACCCUCUUCAGACUAUCCAUGGCACAGCACACAUUAACGGUACCCCUGUACUCACUCUUUUCGAUUCCGGAGCAACUCUAUCCUUUAUUGAUUCUGCUAUUGUAUCUAGACUAGCACUGAACACUACUAGGAUGCAUGUUCCCUUAGUUGUAGCAUCCCCUAUGGGCAAGUUUGUGGAAACUGAUAAAGUGUGUAGAGCAUGUCCCAUCACGCUCGCAAAUCGCGAGGUCGCUAUAGACCUAAUUGUCAUGUCUGUUAGACAUUUCGAUGUCAUUCUUGGGAUGGACUGGCUCACGUUGGUACACGCGGUCAUGGAUUGUCGCGACAAGUCAGUGACUAUAUCCAUCCCGGGGCAAGCCUCGUUCAUCCUGAAGGGUAGGGGCAGAUGCUGA